AUGAAGUACGCCGCUGGUGACCUCUACCACGCCCUUCGGGGUAAGGUUGUGGAGACCACGAAGCAGGGUGAGGGAUGGAGGCAGGCGGAGCAGUUCGAGGCGGCGCAGCGCGCCAAGAUGGGCGAAGGGAACGAGCGGCGCGACAGGGACGCGAACGGCAAGAUCCUCAGCGGCGCGCAGCAGCGCAACCUGAAAAACUCGGAGGGCACGGUGGACUGGGCGUCCAAGUUCAGCGCCGACGAGCGGUACUCGCUGGUGGACUUCGGCGUCGCCAAGAGACAUAAGAGGGACGAAGGCGUCGACAUCGACAAGAUCGCCGCGGCCGCCAAGGCUUUCGCCGCGCAAAAGACGGCGGCAUCUGCCGACGCGGGAGGAUCGAGCUCGGGCGUCGGGGCGCACGAGGCGGGCGGGGGGGCGCCCGACUCCGGGUCGAAGCGCAAGCGCGACGGCGCGCCCGCCGCGGACGACGACGCCGCCGCCAAGAAAACGCCGCUGGCGCCCCACGCCGGAUUCGAACCCUCAACCUCCGGACCGCCCCCGCCCUUCGCCCUGCCCCCACCGGAGACGACACUCGCCAAGCGCAUCGAGACGGUGGCUGGGUUCGUGCGCAAGAAUGGGCAAAAGUUCGAGGAGGUGACGCGAGCGAAGCAGCGCGGCAACUCGGAGUUCGCCUUCCUGGACCCGGGCGGCGAGGGGAACGAGUACUACGCGUGGCUGCGACACGCCGCGCGAGCGGGCAUCGACCCGAAGAAACCCCCGGGCGUCGGCGAGAACGCCGCAUUCGACCCCGUCGCGCUCGCCGCGGCGGCGAAGAAGAUCGCCGAAGCGGCGGCGGCGGCGGCGGAGCAGCAAACGAAAGGGGGGGGCGACGCGCAGGAAGGGGCGCAGCAGGAAGGGGCGCAUCAUGAAGGGGCGCAGCAGGAAGGGGCGAAGGGGCGCGUGGGUCCGUGGCAGGCGGUGAAGGAUUCGAGCGGUCGGACGUACUACUGGAACCGGGACACGCAGGCGACGACGUGGACCCCGCCCGACGGAUUCUAA